AUGAGACCGACGAGGACGAGAGUAACUACCAGAUCUCGCUUAGCAGGAAGCCCAAUGGCAUCUCCUAAGCAAAAGUACGCAUUGAGCGACAUCACAGGGAUUAUCACGGGCGAAGAAGCGGAAACGGUGGAGUUCCCAUCGAAAUUUAACGAGGAAGAGGAGGUUGGGGAUGUAGAUUUGACAGCCGAAGACGAGGAAGGCAUUGAGGUCGCUAUUGAUCGGUCCGGGAAGGCAUUUCACGGAGCUCGAGGUGGUCGUGAGCAUCGACAUCUGAGUGCUGAAGAUGCUGCAAUGGGAGGCCCGUCCGAGGUGGUUAUCCACUCCGGAGAGAGUGAUUCUGGCUUCGUGACGCUUAAUCCAAUUAUUAGCAGCAGUAAGCAACGAAAACUGCCAAAUCAAGGUGCUUUCGUAGCUCCCGGGAUGACGAAAUCUUCAGGGAUUCCUGUUGCGAAGACAAGCCCUGUUCUAAUGGAGAUUCCGGCUGCCGAGCAAGCAAACGCCGGUAGGGAUCGAUUGCUACUGAUUAUUAAUGCGCUAGGGGCAACGGGGUUACCCAAAGCCGAAAAGUUUGGAACGCAAUCGUGCUUCCUCGAGAUGAGACUAUUCGAUAGUUUAAGUAUGCAAGACUGUAAUCCUUCAGGUAGUUGGUCGUCCUACUUGAUGCGGACGGAUUUACACAAGAAAGGGGGCAGCGAAGCGCAGUGGAAUCAACAGUUCACUACAACAUUGCGCUCAAACGAGACACAACUUCUUCACGUGGAAGUGAAAACCAGUAGCAAGAUUCUCGUGGGGGAAGCCAACGUUGCCUUGGAUAAAGUCGGCGAUUUGUUCUAUGACCAGCAUUAUCCUUUGUUUCGGAGCGAUGAAAGCUCUGACAAUGGUGACGAACCAGUCCUUUUAUCUGCUGGACAAGUACAUCUCCAACUGAAGAUUGUGGACACGGUGACAAUACCAACAGCAGUGGUCCCUCCUUUGCAAUUACCUGGUUUCUCGAGACCUCAAAGUACGCAGCUGACUAUCAAGAGUCCUCUCAGCGCCAAGUCAAUCCCUGCCGCUCUUUUGAAUGGCGGCCUGUUCUUCAAAAUCCCCUACCACACACACAACAUGGUAGGCCGGUCCACUGGGCCACGUCGUCAAUGGGUUGCAGUAAGGAGAGCGACAGACCCACCGCACUUGCAAAUAAUUUGGGGAGAUCCGACAUCUGCGGAGAGGAAGAAUUUGCGUUCUGUCGACUUAGCACUGGUGACGGAGAUUCGUGAAGGUCACUCAACUGCGGCGUUUGCUGCACAAACCGAGAGCAACGUGGUAAAAGAGAAGGAAAAGUGCUUUUCGUUAGUGAUGCGAGCGAGGACGUUGGAUUUGGUGGCCGCCAGCAAGGAAGAAGCUCAAAUUUGGGUCAAUAACCUUCGCGAUCUGCUCUUCCCAGCCGAGUCAUCGAUGGACGCUAGUGUGUUGUCAGCGCGUACGAUUGAAAGCUUUAAACAGUCUGCACUGUCCUCCCGAGGAGAAGAAUAUAAGUCGAGUGGGAAGCCAACCGCAACAGCUCCAACAAAGCGGAUGAUAGCAGCGUGGAGAAAUCGGAUCUUCAAUUUGGCUCGCAACGACAGACUCGACGAUAUCUUGGAGAGCUUGGAAGAUGGCUGUCCUAUCGACUUGUUAGAAGGGGGAACUGGAGAUACGCUGUUGAUGCUGGCAUGUCGACUAGGAAAUGCUGAACUAGUAGAGCUGUGUCUCUCACGAAGAGCGAAAAACGAUCCUCACCCGGAAUUUGGAGAGACUGCACUGCAGGUUGCAGUCAAUUCUUUGCACGCACACUGCGUUGGGUUGCUACUUUCGACUGCUGCAAAGAGUGAUAUGGAUACGGAGAUCGUUAACCAUAUCGACCCCAACAACGAUGCACCGCUACACGUGGCUGCACGGCAUGGUGACUUGGCGUGUUUACAGCUACUUCUCCACCACGGAGCUGAUAUUUGUGUCGUCGAGGAGUUUGGACGCACUCCACUACAUUGUGCAGUAGCAAACGGAAAUCUCGAUUGCGUGGCGUAUUUACUGGAUGUUGGCGGGGACUCGGUGCUGAACUCAGGAGAUCACGAUGGUGACACAGCGCUACAUUAUGCUGCGUUAUCAGGAAAUGAGGACAUCGUGAAGCUGCUGCUAGAGAGUGCAGCUAAUGUCUUCGCUACCAACGUUCAUAAGGAGACUGCAUACGACAUAGCAGUCCGUGAAAAGCAGCAGAGAUGUGCCGAACUCAUUUCAAGAUAUUUCUUGACGAACGAGAAGGAGGCUAAUUCCUCUAUAACUCGCAAUGAACCCGCGUCGACACUGCUUGAACGGUCGACGCAAGACCAUCCAGCAAUUAUUUUUCGCAACAAUGGUAAAGUAGUUGAAGAUGAAUUCGAUAAGGAAAUUCCAUCAGCAUUCGCUCAUACUGAAGUGUGGAAACCUACACUACCAAGCAAGAGGAUCGACUAUGAAGACGAAAGGUACGAGACUCAUUCAGAGAGACAUCGGUCGUCGAGUUAUACGAUGAGUGGAAGCGCUACAAGUCGGCUGCCUUUAUCUCCAACGGAGCAGAUUCGAGAAGCAUUGACGAGAAAGCAACGUGCACAUUCGCUGUCGCCGAGAGGAUACACGCCAGCGUGGUCUGGUACCUCGUACCAAUCCGCCAGGGAAUUACCCGGCUACGGAGCGUAUUCUGGAUACAACGAACGACUCGUUGCGACAGAACGACUUGAUCGCGACCAUUUUCGUCCUUAUCAUCAGUACGCAACAAGAGAAAAUGAUUCGAAUUAUCCUCCCAGACAGUCAUGGGAUCAGUAUCAUCAAGACAGUGGCUAUCCACUUCAAUACGAUAUUCAAACUCCUAGACAUGCUGCUCCAGAGUAUGCGCAACCAUUGCAAGCUCAUUGGUCGGAAGCUAGACCAGCUACGGCAGGAUCUCCAGCAACAUGGAGCCAGUAUCACCAGCUAAACGCUACUUCAUAUCCUCAACAAGUGCAGCACGUUCAAUUGGAGUCGCAAUGGGACACAGUGUAUACGGAAGACGGCUACCCGUACUAUGUGAAUAAAACUACUGGUGUAUCGCAAUGGGAGAAACCUGCCGAAGACAACAUCCACCGAGAAGUGCAGUCUGAUACUAUCCGACAAGAAACGCUGUCUCCAGACGCAAUUAUUCGGCUUCGAUUGACGCAAGUUCGGAAGCAGAAAUCGCAAACAGCACUUGUGUCGCCUGUCAGCUCUCCAGCAUCCACUUGCUCUACGCCUACCUUAAUGCGCCCCACUGAAGCAGUACAUGCACAAACAUUGGCUCCAGAACUGUAUACAGCGAAACCCGGAGUAGUGGCCAGUCUAGAGCCGUCAAAGUACGAGACCCGAACAGGUUUAAAGCUUUCGGUCGACAUAGCGGCCCCGCAAGCUCAAGAUGUUACUCGGCCUGUCCUAGUGCCCUCUCCCCGUUCUAAUUCUAAGAGCCCCGUCAAGAAGUUUUUAGAAAACGCUGAUGAAGAUGUUACCAGCGGCUCAUUUGAGAAGGUAUGUCGUUCUCGUGCUUCCUCGCCUCGUGGCCGAUCCAAGAAUAUUCAGUUGAUCGAGAUAAAACGAGCUAACAAUCUCGCUCUUGCGCUUGCUAGCUUUAAAAUCCACGACCACUAUGACAAGAUUGUGAACGACAUCGUAACAAUGGACGAGCGUGUGGUAAAGCCAGCUUUACUGGGAUGUCUCCAGCGGUUCUUCCCGACUGCAAAGGAGAAGCAGGCCCUUCAAAGCUUCCACGGCUCCAUUAGUAGUCUGGGGAAAGCAGAGCGCUUUUUCUGUCUGCUCUUUCAAGUUCCAGGAAUGCAGGAACGUAUCGACAUGUUCCUGUACAAGUUGGAGUUUGCUCGUACACGCUCAACAUUAUUAUCGCGAGUUCUUGUCGUGAAACGGGCUUGCCGUGAUCUGGUAGACAACUACUCGUUCAUGGAGGCGCUGGAACAGUUUUUCAAGAAGCAAAGUGCCACCUCAUUCUCAGUCUUUGACGAUAACAAAUCGCUGUUUAAAGCGGGAUAUUUGUCCGAGGUGGACGAAAAGCUGAGGUCCUUUCGAGGUGAUCUUGAGAAGGCUAUGGGCGUGGAGCUUGUGGAGCUGCAACUGCAGUUAAACCGCUUGGUGGCUGGCAUGCGACCUAUUCAGUCAUUCGUCAACAGAAGCCCGUCUUCGCGUUCGACUCAAUCCGAAGAACGCGACAGUAAAGCUCGAGACAUCCUACAACGCUUUCUGGCAGAUACAAGGACUCAACUUGCUGAAGUUGAGAACGAAUACGAGGCUAUGGAGCUGUGGGGAGACAAGCUAUUGGCUGCGUUUGGAGAGAGCAAGGCAACGUGCCAGAUUUCGGCGAUCUUGCAAGCCGUAGUCGACCUGUUGUAG